AUGUGGAAAUCAGAACCUGCUUUCCAAAAACCUAAUAAUUUAAAAAAUCUGAAAUGUAGUGGAGAUGUCCAUAAAAAUACGAAAAACCAGAACGAUCGAAAAUCCCUCAGUGUGGAACGCCUGCGUCUGACCGAAGAUAAAGGUGGUCUGUACACCUCUAUAAGAAUGACUCUCUUCUGCAGUAGAGUGUUAGGGUUGCUGCCAUUAUCUGGAUUAACCUGUCAGACUAGCGACAGGCUGAGGUUUAAUCUGCGUUCACCGUAUUCCAUAUACUUUGGAGUUAGUCUAUUCGGACAGUUCCUUAUGGCGUUUACUUCAUGCUUCUAUCUUGUGCAACAUGGAUUCUCUCUGCCGAAUAUCACAAAUACCAUCUUCAACACUUCGAGUCUACUAUCAUCACUGGCUCUGGUGCACAUGGGUCGAUUUUGGCCUUUGUUCAUGAAGAGAAUAGAGGAAAUGGAGAAAAAACUUCCUCCGUUUAGGAAGAGUUUACACAAUACGACCGCUAACAUUACGAUAUUCAUACUGAUAGUGGCUGCAGGUAUGGCAAAUUCUAAUUUUUCUUUAAAAGUUUUGCAGAACUUCGGUUACUAA